AUGACACGCACGGGAAAUGGCGAUGACAACGCGGCCUACCGCUGCGCCACGUGCACACUACCAGGUGGCAUCGUCGACCAGAGCCGAAGACGUCACAGGAACUCUAUUAAAUUCUCUUGUUUUGGUGUAUUUCCGUGUAUUUCGACCGUUCUAUUAUACUAUAUACCUCUCUCUCCCUUUCUCCUUUUCCCUCGUUUCUCAUCCUUGUUAUCACUCCCGUUUUUCCCCUCUUUUUCCCCCUAUUUUUUCCUUUUUCUUUUCCUCUUUCUUUUUCUCUUUCUCUCUCUCUCUCUCUCUCUCUCUCUCUCUCUCUCUUUUCCUAUUUCGUUUCUGUUUUCUGAUUUUCCUCUCUCCUCUCUCUUCUGUAUAUUUUGUCUUUUCCUCUCUUUAUCCCCUGUUUCUAUUCUCUCCUAUUUUCCCUCUCCUCCUUUUGUCCUCUACCCCCAACUUUCUGUCUUUCCCUCUCAACCAUUCUCUUUUCUUUCAUUAAUAUCUACCGUCAUAUUUUCUCCGUCUUUCUUUUUUUUUCUUUCUGCCCUCGUCUACUUAGUUUAUUUCUUUCAUUCUCUCUCUCUCUCUCUCACACACACUCUUUCUUUCUCUCUCUCUCUCUCUCUUUUAAUCUUUCGUUUUUACUCUCUUAAUUCUCGUUCUGUUUCUUACUCUCUUUUUCCUCUCUCUCUCUCUCUCUUCACUUCUUUCAUUCUUUCAACAACUCUUUAUUCAUUUCUCUCGUUUCACUGCACAGCUGCUUCUAUCCUAUUACUCUCUCCCUCUAUUUACCUCACUCUCUGUGUAGUUUUACAACGAUGUGAUCAUGUAUCUGUCUGCUGUUUUUGUCUUCGACCGAUAGUGUUCCAGUUCCCAAGAUGUCGUCUGCUCCACCCUUUCAUGAAGACGCAUGUUUAUGUCUGGUUUGGGACAAAGACAAAUUAUUAA